UUACAGUCGGCGAAGGGUUGUCAGUUGGACAAAAUAGUGUGCGAGACAUCAGGGGCGGAGCUACAACCGGCGAACGGUCUUCAGUUGAACACCCUUCAUCGAAAAAUUAUAAUACUGUAGCGAAAUUCCUGACUCUGCCACUGCAAGACGACGCCCGAGUAGUUGUGGUCAUGGUGCCACUUCCAGCACAAGGCCAUCUCAACCAACUCCUCCAUCUCUCCAGACUCAUUUCCAUGUACAAUAUCCAAGUCCAUUACAUUGGAUCCACAACUCACAUUAAACAAGCAAAAAUUAGAGCUCAUGGCUUUGAUCCACUCACCAUAACAAAACUUCAUUUCCAUGAAUUUCAUCAAACGCCUUCUUUUGAAACUCCCCUGCCUAAUCCUAAUGCUUCUCACAAAUUUCCAAACCAACUUAUGCCUUCAUUUUAUGCCACAUCCCAUCUCCGCGAGCCAGUUUGCUCGCUAGUGCGCGAACUUCUAAGCACGAAUAUUGGCAAAGUUGUUGUUAUUUAUGAUAGUUUGAUGAAAUGGAUAGUUCAAGAUUUGCCACAAAUGCCAAAUACAGAAUGCUACUCUUUCAAUAGUACCUCAGCCUUCAUGAUAUAUUCAUUUUUGUGGGAACUCAAAGGAAAGCCUUUUCAUCCUGGAACUGAAAAUUAUGAGGAUAUUCCAACAAUUGGAGAUUGUUUUCCUCCAGAGUUUUGGGAUUUUUUGAAGAUACAAGAACAAUUUGAUGGGAAGAUCGAUUGUGGUGAACUUUACAAUUCAUCAAGAGUAAUAGAAAGUUUGUACCUUGAUUUAAUGGCCAAAGAAUAUGAUGGCAUGAAGCAAUGGGCUAUAGGUCCAUUCAAUCCAUUGGAGAAAAAUGAGAAGAGCAAAGACUCAAACAAACGCCACGAGUCCCUCGAUUGGCUUGACAAACAAGAACCAAACUCGGUUAUUUUCGUGUCAUUUGGCACGACUACUUCGUUGUGUGAUGAAGAAGUUAAAGAGCUUGCGGUUGGACUAGAGAAGAGUCACCAAAAGUUCGUUUGGGUACUCAGAGAUGCUGACAAAGGAGAUGUUUUUACAAGUGAGGUUAGAAAAGUACAAUUGCCUCAAGGAUAUGAAGAGGGAAUAAAAGAAAGAGGGAUUAUAGUAAGAGAUUGGGCACCCCAGUUGGAAAUUUUAGCACAUAGUUCAACGGGCGGUUUUAUGAGUCAUUGCGGAUGGAAUUCAUGCAUGGAGAGUAUGUCCUUUGGAGUUCCUAUAGCAGCAUGGCCAAUGCAUUCGGAUCAGCCAAGGAAUUCUCAACUUGUAACGAAGUACUUGAAAAUUGGACUAAUUGUUAGGCCAUGGGCAAGUCGUGAUGAACAUGUUACAUCAGAGAUGGUUGAAAAUGCUGUGAAAACAUUGAUCACUUCAAAAGAGGGAGAUGAGAUGAGGAAAAGAGCAGCAGAUUUGAGGAAUGCUAUUAAAAAAGCAGUGGCUGAUGGGGGCAUCAACCGCGCUGAGAUGGAUUCUUUCAUCGCUCACAUUACUCGCUAAUUUUUCUUCAAUGGAAAUUUAAUGGAAUGGCAUCUUUGGAAGUUCAGUUCAUUUUUCAACAA